UACACGCCAGUCCCGUUCGGACUCUCCUGCGCUCUCGACUCGCAUUGCUUGUUAUAUGUACUAUUUGAGAGAUCCUUGCUCGCUCGCUUGGAUUUUUGGUGAAGACAGUUUUUCAGUGAACAAGAUUUUCUUUUCUUUUUUUUUUUUUUUUUUUUUUAUUUCCUGUGCGCAUGUGCACGUUGGUUUUUCAGUUGUCUCUUUGUUCCUUUUACACAAGAAGGAGCAGCGGGGCGUCCCGCGAGGAUGGAGUUGCGCGAGGCCAUGGACGUGCUGCGGGACUUGGGGCUCUUCGCUUGGCUGUCCAUCAUCUACGUCCUCGAGGCGCUUUUGCUGAGCCUCGUGCCGCGCCGCUACCGCAGCAAGUGCCUCAAGGACGAGGUGGCACUGGUGACCGGGGCAGCCGGGGGCAUCGGCCGGCUAGUCGCCGUCAAACUGGCGAAACGCGGCUGCACCCUCGUGCUCUGGGACAUUGACAAAUCUGGUGUCGAGGAGACCGCCCAAGUCAUAAAGGAGUCGGGCGGCAAGUGCUGGGCCUAUCACUGCGAUGUAACCGAUCGCGAGGUAGUUUACAAUACCGCGAAAGCUGUCAAACUCGAGGUCGGCAACGUGACGAUACUCGUCAACAACGCCGGCUACGUUUACGGCAGCACGUUAAUGAACAUACCAGACGAUGAGAUCGAGCGCACCUUCAAAGUCAACAUCAUCUCGCACUAUUGGACGACAAAAGCCUUUCUCAAAGAAAUGAUGAGGGAAAACCACGGCCAUAUCGUGACGGUAGCCAGCGUAGCCGGUCUAUUGGGUACCUACAACUGCACCGAUUAUUCGGCUACGAAAUUUGCAGCUUGCGGAUACCACGAGAGCCUCUACACAGAAUUAAAGGCUCACGGCUACUAUGGUAUACACACGACGUUGGUAUGUCCCUAUUUCAUCAAUACGGGGAUGUUUAGUGGAGUCAAGCCUAGGUUGAGACCAAUGCUCGAGCCUGACUACGUGGCCACUGAAGUUGUAGCAGCGAUAGCAACAAACAAGGUCUUUGUCGUUCUACCUGCGGCUAUCAGAUACCUCACGCCACUCAAAUAUAUAUUACCAGCAAAAAUGUGCUGGGCACUCAUGUAUCACGUAAUACAAGGACCACAAGCCAUGAUGAUGCUAAGGAGACGAGACGCCGAAAUGAUAAAGUGAUAAAAAAAAAA